UAUUGAAAUAUUGUUUCAAUUCAAUAAAUCUUGGUAGUAAAAUCCCAGUGAUUACGCGUUUGUGAAUAGGAUUGAAUAUUACCCUUGAAAACUGCUUUUAUACUUACCGAACAAAAAAUAACUGUUUUAUAUUUUUCAGAAUUAAUGUAUGCUUGUCUUGCGAUAAUAACGUCAGAAAAUUACCGAAUACGUCAUCUAGAUCAGUUAAGCAACACAAUCUACAUGGGACUUAAUACCGUGCGAAACUUUUCUCAAUUAGCCGAAGCGAAACGUUAAAGGAAACUCAUUUUCGGAAGGCUUUCGGUGGACUGAGGAACGCCUACCAAGGCUAGCACUCAAAUAAGGCCACAUAUAAAUGCUUGGGAACCCUCUAUUGUAUUAUUCAAGGAGUAGACGCUGAUCAAGACUGUUGUUCCAAGUGUGUGCUUAGUGCUUGUCAGAAUGUGUCGUUGCCUGUGCCUAAUUUUGACGAUAUGUUUCGGAGUUGUACUCGCGGCGCCCCGACUUGAUUUUAUUAAUUCACAAAGAUUUGAACCAGGAUUUGAUUAUUAUAAUUCACCUAAAUACGCAUUUAACUACGGUGUAGCGGAUCCUUCAACAGGAGAUGUUAAAUCUCAACAUGAAACCAGGGAUGGAGAUGUGGUCAAAGGACAAUACUCGCUAGUAGAACCUGACGGCUCGAUCAGGACAGUGGACUACACAGCCGACCCGAUCCACGGCUUCAACGCUGUGGUAUCGAAGAGUGCUCCCAACGUGCAUGUUGGUGUACCACAACAGCAGCCACUAAAACCAGUAUACGUGGCCAAGCCGGUCGAAGUACCAGUGGAGCUACCACAGUAUUUCCCUCAGCAAUUCUUCCAGCCAGAGGCGCCAAUCAUAUUCUCCAAGCUCGGACACCAAUAUGGAUCGGACUACAAUGGUUUUGAUCUGAACGGGCCUUACCAUCCACAAAUGGGAUAUUUUAGAGAGUAAGCUGUAUAAGCAUCCUCAAAAAUCUUCUAUCAGCCUUUAUUUUCAGAUAUGACAGCCUGGUACAAAUAGUUUUAAGAAAAAAAACUGUUAAUUAGGAUCUUUUAAUAACACUAAGUAGUGCCUCUCACUAAGCACAAAUUCAACCGAAUCAGUAUUUAAUUA